AUGGCAACUCCAUCAGCCAAACCUGGCGCAACGCCAACUCAUCUCACUUCUUCUCCACACCCAUCCUCCGCACCCCUUCGAUCAAUCGCUCAUAAAUCACCGUCAACACGAACUCCAACGGCCUCAGGAACUGGCCAUGCAACCCACCUCAGCGUUUCUUCACAUCAAUACGCCACACCACUUGCCGUGACAAGCGCCGUUGACGAUCCAGUCAACUUCAGUUCCCCAUCAGCACUUCUCGCACUCGGUGGCUAUACUGGAAUCAGCCCCUCGCCUGUCGUCCACGAAGGCCUUGUCGGACCUAGCAUGAACGAGAAUGAUAUCCAGACUUUGGGCAUGCAGGGUAUCAAGCUUGGUGGUGUGGGGCGUGAUAGCGAUGAGGAGCAGAAGCACCGAAUUCAGGAGGUGGUCCAGUGUCUUCGAGCGCGUGUUGCAGGCAAAGGCGUGUCUCGGGAAGGGAUCGAACGAGUGAGCCGACUAGAGGGAUUCGAAUCAAUUUGGCAAGACAACGAUAUCAACAUCGCCGGGAAUUUCGUCGACCUAGAAAUCGAGUUCUACGCUGGUCACGAUGUUGUCAAAAAUGUCAGUUUACGAUAUGCGACCCCCGAGUUUACAGAGGGCGAACGACGAGAUGAAGCUUCUGCGGUCCUGAAACGGAAUCUUGUACAGCCGCUCGAGGACGUCGAGCACGGGAAAUGGAGGUCUCUUCAAGGGUUUCAUGAAAAUCUUCACUGGCUCGCAAAGCUCGACAAACUCAGUCAAGAGGUCAAUUGUUUUGAAGCUUUGGAGGGCCUGGAAGAGAACCUCAAACGGAUCUGGGCUGAGGAAGGAAAGGGUGGAAAAUACGGCGGCGAGUACGAGCGCCUCUGUGCUGGAGUCAUCGGGCGCCCAAGUAUGCACAAGGGAUCGCGAAUCGGUCUCGGUCUAGAAUACUGGGUUGAACAGGCCAAAGUCUUGGACGCAAAGCAGCAGAAAGUCUCACCCGAUGCGAUGGCCGUUGAUCAACCCCAAGAUCAAACUGAAAAUGGGCUGGACGAGCAGCAGAAGUUAUGGACUGUUAUGGUCGAAUGUGAAGAAGGAUAUCCAUCCCUCCGCAUAUCAAAAGAAUGGGUGGGAAACGGAGUCUUUACAACCACCCAAAACACCGAGUCGGAACCCGGUGUUGGCCCUCCGGAAACAGUGAACUGGCUCGACCCUCCCCAGACUAUGCGGUUAUCUCAUGGUAACCACCCUGAUCCCAUGGCUCUGGAUUCUAGCAUGUUAGAAUCGACACCUCCGAAUCGUCGUUUCGUUGCGAAGCUUGACCCCCCGCUUGAAGUUCCGAUUCUUGCAGCAUCCGAGAUUUAUCGCAAUCUAGGAAUGCAGCUACCGCAAGAGUUCAAGAUGGUUACCUAUGAUAGUCUUCUGACCUCAGAAGGGUCACAAUUGGAUUCUACACCGCAGCCUGGUCGGAGGAAGCGCCGAAUGUCGGUACAGGCCUUUGAUUCGACUGGCAGCGCCUGUACGAACUAUCAUAACUACACCUUCCAAGCGUUUGAGUCCGUUGCUGGCCGUACCAUCCGCGACCUCCCAUUCUCGCACCCUCGGCAACUCGCCAAUACUAUCCCAGUGUUCCGCCAAUAUGCUUUGUUGGCAAAUCUGAUACGCAAAAUCACUGGUUCGUCCACCAAAAGCAAGGACAAAAAGCGAGAACCUUCGAGAGUGGCAUCGGUCGGUCCAUCGGUCGGUCCAUCGGUGCCUGCCAGCCAAGAGCUAUCCUUUGCCGGUCAAAGUGAUAUCAUCAGGCUCUGUAACGAUGACCCCAAUGAGGAGAAAUUGAGUGCCCUCCUUGGCGACGGUUUCUCAAGCGUCUUCACAGCUGCCGCUUCCAAUGCCUCUCCAUUCCACAACGAAGAUUAUUUGGAUGACGUCAAGGUAGACGUGACUCUGCGUACACAAAUCGGCCAAGCGCCGGCUCUGAUGCUGCUCGUUACAGACUCUAGCAACAAUGCCGAGAAGGCUGUGCGUGAGCCCGUGCAAGUAUCCAUAUGUUUCGAAGUCGGUCUCAACGGACGUAUUACGGUCGUCGACGUGGCCGAGCUGAGUGGGCAAAGCGGAGAUGGCGGCGACGCGGCGAUGCAAGGGACAGAUACUGCCGGGUCAAAGCUGCAGGAUAUGCAUGAGAAGAUCGCCAGGGUCUUGGAGAUCUCACAGGACCUGGGGAUCCUGGUCGAGUGGGUCCUGCGCUGGCUGCGGCGGCGGGCCGGCAGCGGGUGA